AUGUCUUCUCAACCACUCCUCCAGACUGCUCCCGGAAAACGCAUCGCCCUCCCCACCCGCAUCGAACCCAAAGUCUUCUUCGCAAACGAACGCACCUUCCUCUCAUGGCUAAACUUCACCGUAAUUCUAGGAGGUCUAGCAAUGGGACUUUUGAAUUUCGGAGAUACAGUCGGUCAAAUCUCCGCCAUCCUCUUCACCCUCGUAGCCGUAGCAGCCAUGCUCUACGCUUUAGUGACAUUUCAUUGGCGAGCGAAAUCCAUUCGAAUGCGAGGUCAGGGAGGGUUUGAUGAUAGGUUUGGUCCUACGGUUUUGGCGGUGGCGUUGUUGGGGGCUGUGCUUGUGAAUUUUGUCUUGAGGUUUACGGGGACUGCUUGA